AUGGAAGGGGGCGCCAGUGUAGCAGACGAGGCUGACUUUAAGGAGUGCUUACGCCUGACUUGUAGCCAACCUUAUAUUCUUCGACUUGUUUUCUCUGCUGGCAUCGGCGGUCUUCUUUUCGGGUAUGAUACAGGUGUCAUAUCUGGAGCACUUCUGUUCAUCCGAGAUGAUUUUAUCGAGUUACAAAAGAACACCACUCUAAGGGAAACAAUAGUGAGUAUGGCUGUAGCUGGAGCUAUUGUUGGAGCUGGACUUGGUGGCUGGAUGAAUGACAGAUUUGGAAGGAGGCCUUCCCUCAUCAUCGCAGAUGUUCUGUUCCUUGCAGGUGCCGCUAUCAUGGCCUUUGCCCCGUCACCUGCUGUUAUCAUUGUUGGGAGGGGCUUUGUUGGUCUUGGAGUUGGAAUGGCUUCCAUGACUGCGCCUCUGUACAUCUGUGAAGUCUCCCCAGCUAGAAUAAGAGGGGCGCUAGUGAGCACAAAUGGCCUUCUUAUCACUGGAGGGCAGUUCAUGGCAUACCUUAUUAAUCUGGCAUUCACCAAGGUGCCGGGAACUUGGAGGUGGAUGCUUGGCAUUGCAGGAUUCCCUGCCCUUCUUCAGUUCAUACUAAUGUUGACGCUCCCAGAAUCACCAAGAUGGUUAUACAGGCAGGGUAGGAAACAGGAAACUGCCACCAUUCUGCGGAAGAUUUACCCUGCAAAUGAGGUGGAAGAAGAGAUUGAGUCCUUGCGAAAAUCAGUUGAAGAUGAGAUGGUCCUGGAGGGGUCCAUAGGCGGGCAGAGCGUAUUUGGCAAGCUGAAGAAAGCAUUUGGAAGCAAGGUUGUCCGCCGUGGCCUCAUGGCCGGUGUCAUUGUGCAGGUCGCCCAGCAGUUUGUCGGCAUCAACACCGUCAUGUACUACAGUCCGACGAUCGUCCAGCUGGCGGGUUUCGCGUCCAACGACACGGCCAUGGCCCUCUCACUCAUCACCUCAGGACUCAAUGCCGUCGGCUCGAUCGUCAGCAUGUUCUUCGUGGACAGGGUCGGCCGGAGGCGCCUGAUGCUCCUCAGUCUUGUUGGCAUCGUCGUGUGGCUCGCUGUGCUUGGCAGCACUUUCCUCAGAGCCGCGCACAAUGCCCCACCUGUCAGGGAUGUGGAGAUGCGUCCGUUCGCUAACCAGACGUGCCCAGAGUACAACCCCAACGUCCACUGGAGCUGCAUGGACUGCCUCAGGGCCGCAUCCACGUGCGGGUUUUGUGCUCAUCAAGGAAACACGGAAUUGCUCAUGAUCGGCAAAUCUUUCCAUGCACAGCUUCUUCCCGGCGCUUGCCUGGCACUCAACAACGAAACGCGAGGGGUGUGCCAUGCCGACCACCGUGAGUUCUAUUCAGAAGGGUGCCCAAACAAGUAUGGGUGGCUGGCGCUGCUCGCGCUGGGCGCAUACAUCAUCUCCUACUCGCCCGGCAUGGGCACCGUGCCAUGGAUCGUCAACUCGGAGAUAUACCCGCUGCGGUUCAGGGGAGUCUGCGGCGGCAUCGCCGCGGUGGCCAACUGGGUGUCCAACCUCAUCGUGACACAGACGUUCCUGACCCUGACCAAGGCGCUGGGCUCGGCGGCCACCUUCUUACUCUUCUGCGGUGUGUCGUUCAUGGCGCUCAUCGUGGUGUUCCUCACCGUGCCGGAGACCAAGGGCCUGCAGUUCGAGGAGGUGGAGAAGAUGCUUGGGAGCAAGAACUACAGGCCUUGGAAGCGGUACCACCCCGAGGCACCGACAAAAGGGCGCGAGAUUGGGCCCGCUAUGCUAUGA